CUCGCUCGUCUACCUCCACCACCACCACCACCUCCUCCUCCUCCUCCUCAUGUUGCCUUCUUCUUCUCCUCGGCCUUGAAACAGAACAGAGACGCCAUGAUCACACCUCUUCUUCUUCUUCUUCUCCUCUCACUCGUCUCUGCCUUCCUCUUCAAUGGGGCCUCAUCCGUCAACCAAGAAGGCCGCAUUUUACUGGAGGCCAAGGACGGCCUGGAGGCGCCGCCCGACGCGUUCUCCUCCUGGAACGCCGACGACGACGCGCCCUGCGCGUGGAAUGGUGUCGGAUGCAGCUCCUCCGGCUCCGUGACCUCCGUUAACCUAACCGGGUUCAGCCUCACCGGCCCCUUCCCUUCCACUCUCUGCCGCCUCCCCCACCUCGCCUCGCUCGACCUCUCCGCCAACUACAUCAACGGCACACUCGCCGGCCCCGCGUUCGCCGGCUGCGACGCCCUCUCCGUCGUCAAUUUGUCGCUGAACAACCUAGUCGGCCCGCUGCCCGACGCGCUCGCCGCGCUGCCCAACCUCACCUCCCUCGAUCUCUCCUCCAACAACUUCUCCGGCGGAAUCCCGGCGGCCUUCGGCCGCUUCCCCCAACUCGAAACGCUCAAUCUCGUCUACAACCUGCUAACCUCCACCGUCCCCGACUUCCUCGGCGGUGUCUCCACGCUCCGGGUGCUCGACCUCCGGUACAACCUGUUCGACGAAGGGCCUAUCCCGGAGUCGCUCGGGAACCUCUCUGUUCUCGAGAAUCUCUCCCUCGGCCACUGCAACCUCAACGGGGAGAUCCCGUCGUCGCUCGGCCGGCUCUCGAGGCUUGCCUACCUCGACCUCUCCUUUAACCACCUCCAAGGCGGAUUCCCGGAGUUCCUCGCCGAGCUCCCCGGCUUAAUCCAGGUUGAGCUGUACAACAACUCGCUCUCUGGCCGCAUCCCGGCUGGGCUCGGCAAGCUCGCUGAGCUGCGGUUCUUCGAUGCGUCUCUGAACCAGCUCAUAGGUCCGCUCCCCGACGACAUCUUCGACGCGCCGCUGCUCGAGAGCUUCCACCUGCACACGAAUCAGCUGACGGGUGGGAUCCCCGCCGGCAUCGCGCGGUCCAAGAGCUUGGCUGAUCUCCGGCUCUAUAUGAACCAGCUCAACGGCUCCCUCCCGGCGGAUUUGGGGAAGACGACGCCGCUGGUGACGGUGGAUCUGUCGACGAACAAUCUCUCCGGCGAGAUCCCCGCAAGCAUCUGCGACCGCGGCGUGCUGGAGCAGCUGCUCCUCCUACGGAACUCCUUCUCCGGCAGAGUUCCCGACGGCCUCGGCCGGUGCCGGACGCUGUUUCGGCUUCGCCUCCAGAGCAACGCCCUGAGCGGCCCGGUUCCCAGCGGCAUCUGGGGGCUGCCGCAUCUCUCUCUGCUUGAUCUGAGAGACAACGUUUUGUCCGGCAGCAUCUCUCCAUUGAUCUCCGGCGCCGCCAAUCUCUCCUCGCUCCUCAUCGAAGACAACCAGUUCUCCGACAUCAUCCCGUCGGAGAUAGGAGCUGCGAAGAAAUUAAUCGAGAUCGCCGCGGGGAACAACCGGCUCGCCGGGCCGCUCCCUGCUUCGCUCGGCGACUUGGCCAACCUCAUCCAGCUGGACCUCCACAACAACUCCCUCUCCGGCGAGCUGCUUCGCGGAAUCCACUCCUGGAAGAAGCUCACCGAUCUCAAUCUCGCCCACAAUGGCUUAACUGGCGGCGUGCCUCCUGAGCUCGGUAGCCUACCGGUGCUCAACUACCUCGACCUCUCCAACAACGACCUCACCGGCGAAAUCCCCGACCAACUCCAGAACCUGAAGCUGAGCCAUUUCAACUUCUCCAACAACCAACUCUCCGGCAAAAUUCCGCCCAUGUUCGCCGACGAAGCCUUCCUGAGUAGCUUCUUGGGGAACCCCGGACUCUGCGGCGACAUAGCAGGGCUCUGCCCUGCCUCCCGGGGGACCACCAGCAACCGCCAUGGUUUCCUCUGGCUACUCAGGUCGACCCUUAUCCUCGCCGGUUUAAUCCUCAUCGCCGGCCUCGCCUGGUUCACCCGCAGGUACUGCAAGUACAAGAAAGCCAUGGACAAGUCGAAGUGGACGCUGAAGUCGUUCCACAAACUAGGAUUCAGCGAGUACGAGAUCUUGGACUCCCUCGACGAAGAGAACCUCAUCGGCAGCGGCGCGUCCGGGAAGGUCUACAAGGUCGUGCUGAGCAGCGGAGAGACCGUCGCAGUGAAGAAGCUCUGGUGCUCAUCUAAGCCGCAGCUCGCAAACCCGAACACUUCCAUGGACGAUGCCUUUGAAGCAGAGGUCGCGACACUAGGCAAGAUCAGGCACAAGAACAUCGUGAAGCUCUGGUGCUGCUGCACUCACAAGGAUAACAAGCUGCUGGUGUACGAGUACAUGCCCAAUGGAAGCUUGGGGGACCUGUUGCACAGCAGCAAAGUGGCCGUUCUCGACUGGCCGACGAGGUACAAGAUUGCGCUCGACGCAGCGGAGGGGCUCUCCUACCUGCACCAUGGCUGUGUGCCGCCGAUCGUGCACCGGGAUGUCAAGUCUAACAACAUCUUGCUGGACGGAGAGUUCGGUGCCAAGGUGGCCGAUUUCGGGGUGGCGAAAGCUGUCGAGGUCAUUGAGAAGGGACCUAAAUCCAUGUCCGUGAUUGCUGGCUCUUGUGGAUACAUAGCUCCAGAAUAUGCAUACACACUGAGGGUGAAUGAGAAGAGCGACAUCUACAGCUUCGGAGUGGUGAUUCUGGAGCUGAUCACCGGAAAACUGCCCGUCGAUCCGGAGUACGGCGAGAAGGAUCUUGUGAAUUGGGUCUGCAGUAUGAUAGAACACAAGGGCAUGGAGCAUGUGGUUGAUACGAAGCUUGAUCUGAGCUACAAGGAGGAGAUAAUUAAGGUGCUGAAUAUUGGCCUUCUUUGUGCCAGCUCCCUCCCCAUCAAUCGACCGUCGAUGAAGAGGGUGGUGAAGAUGCUGCAAGAAGUGCGACCGCAGAACAAGGCCAACGCCGAGAAUGAUCGCGGAAAACUCUCUCCUUACUACAACUAUGCUGCUGAAUGAACUGUCAAGGAUGAAUUAUUCUUGUGCUGCCAUUUUGUUCAACUCUGUUCUUUGUGGUAGCUUCCAUGGUGUUUGUAGUAGUACAAAUGUAUCCAACAAAGAGAAAAUCAGCUCCAUUGCUUUGACAGUUA